AUGCGGCUCACAAAGUUGUCGUUGCGUCUGUGGGCAUUAUUUGGCGGUACAUGCAUAUAUCCAACUGGUUCUGAGAGUGAGUCUAUUACGAAGAUGGUUGAAGAACAUCCUAAUUUAUGUGAGUCUCAUGAUGAAUGCUUAGAGAAAAAAAGUGGGAGCUUCUGCGCUCGUUAUCCAAAUCCUGAUAUCCCAUAUGGCUGGUGUUUUGACUCUAAAACAGAAGCAGAACGCAUCUUUGAGAUUGGCUCUAAUUAUGCAAUAAAAGGCUUCUUCAAUUCUCACUCCAACUCUAAAGCAAAAGAAUUUUUGAAGAUGCAUCUACUACUUUGA